AUGCUCUUAUGCACCUGUCAUAAGAGCGUCACAAAGUGGCCGAUCGGAGGAGAGGCUGGCACACUUGGAAGAGAAACUGGAUCUCCUCUUAAGUGGCAGCUUGUACAAUCGGCUCCAAGAAAAGCUACGUCCAAACGUUCUGACCGCGUGCUUAGGCCGAGCCAUGCAACACGUCAAGAACAGGCACUCGAAGAGAUUGCUGGCAUUUCGGAGAAAUCAUACUCAGUAACUCCUCCAGCUCCCGAGCCGAGCUACCCCGUCAGCCAUUCUUCUACUCUCGAUCUUGAUUCCGACAUCGUCAGUGGAAUCGACCUCUACUUCAAGUAUUGCCACAAGCAACCAAUCUGGUGCUUUGAGCGUGAAGAAGUCCGGCAACACGGCUCUCUCCCUGAAGAACUUGUCUACAGUAUCCUGGCACUGACUUCGCGCUUCCCUCCAAAACGUGACCGGUCGGAGCGCUGCGGCAAGAACGCAAGAAGUCUGAUUAUGUUUCGCAUUGCAAAUGGUACGGUGGACCUCGCGACUAUCGAAAGCUUGUGUUUGCUUUCGCACUCUUCUUUCAUAGGCAUGAAUGUCUGGCUAAGUCGUGAAGCAACCCCUUCAGCUAACACAGAGAUAGACGGAAAUGUUUCACUUGGUCAAUUUCAUGUCGGUCUUGCUUUUCAGCUCUGUCGAUCCGCUAUGCUAGAUCUCGAAUCGAUAUAUACUAUCGAGGAUUCAACCACAGAACGGAAGAAGCGACUUUUCUGGAGCCUCCAGUUACUCGAGCAGUCUUACGGCCGACAGGCUGGUCUUUUGAGCGUCCCAACCGAGAUAUGGCGACCAUCUUAUUCCUCAACUGGCGGAGAUCAAAAACCGAAAAGAGAACUUGACCAGAAGGCCCCGCCUUUACCCAGGGAUGAUCUGGGGUGUUCAACAUCAUCUGAACCAGGAAUUUGGAACACAAGUGUCCAGCUCGGAUGGGUCUGGAGUCGGGUAAGACAAUACGUGUCUGAUUGUGCUCGCAAUAUAUGGAAAGAACCCUGGCGGCACGAUUCGAUGUACGCUAUGGUACUCUCUGAUUUCAUGGAGACCGAGAACAGGAUACCCGUCUGCCACCGAUAUGACUCGGUUAAAUUCUACGAGCGCAAAGUGGAAGAGUUGAAAACCAACCGAGACUAUUGGGCCCCAUGGCUGAGGGAGCAGUUCACGUACCAUGCAAUCCCUACUGUCUUGAAUCACCCAUUCCUCUACAUUGUUGGGGCACAACACAAUCCAGAUCUGGCAAUUCCGAAUACGUUUUGGAGGAGAUCUUCCGAGACAGCCCUACUACAUUCCACUUGGAUUGUCCGCAUGGUAGAUAUGGUUUUGGACAAGCAAAUGCCACUCAGCGAUCCAUUUUUUGGACACGUCGCUGCCAUUGCAGCUACGGUGCAUCUUUACUAUUGCUGCGCUGCCGAUACCAGACUGAAAUACAAAUCGAAUACAGACUUCGCCAAAUGCAGAAGGUUUUUAAAAAGCUUUGUACCCUUUUCGGCAGCCUGCAAAGCUUUGGACUGUAAUCUGGACAAGAUGACGCGAAUUGCUGCCGGCUCCGAGAGCAUGGAGGUUGAAGACUGGAUGCCAUCCAAAAUCUAUCUCAGUGUACCUUUAAUGUGGGAUAUCUUGCAGUUCAACUGUAUAGCAGACCCGCGAGAAAUUCCCACUGCUGGGUUACUAGAUGCCUCGCUAUCCCCCACAAUUACUCAUGGAGACGAGAACGAAAACUCAACCCUCGAGAUCAUCGUCGCAACAUCACCCGAAAUUACAAUAAACACAGCUGAUGGAGGACAAGACGCACCUAUACUAUCGUAUAGGGCCCCCGUUUCUUCAGGUCCGGAGUCUUCCCAGAAAACUGUCAGCGAUGAAGUAUCUGUUGAACAGGCUGACAGUCUUACGCUAAACACUACUCCCUGGUUGUGGGCGGAUCCUUCGCAAUUUCUCAAUAUGGGUUAUCACGACUCGCAGCCCGCAAUUGGCGAUACUAAGGGCGCAGCAUGGUGGGAAGUCGAAAAUUUUGGCAAUGUCAUGUACAAUCACUUUUAG